GGUCUAGUCUUCUCUUCUUUUGGUCAAACACCAAUGGUCCUUUCCCUUCAUUCAUUCGGCCAUUCUCGGUCCUAAUCUAUCCUUCUCUGUAUAUCUUUCUUCUUCCCAAAUCACAAACCACAUCCGCAAUCUUGCUUCUGCCCCUCUCCCAAGCUUUCGUCUUCCUCCCGUUUUCUCUUCCGCCUCAUUUCUGCUUAAGAUCAGCACGAACGGUAAUAAUUUCAAAAAGCUUUAACCGUAAAAGCAUCCGGCACACCAACUCCGGCACCGGCGACCAGUAGAGAAUCAUCCGAUUUCGUUGCCCAAGAGUUUCCAUUUACGAUAUUCUGCCAGAAUUUACGGGAAAUGGCUGGAGUAGACCUUAUAGUAGGAGGGAUUGUCGGCACAUUGUGUUCAGAGCUGUAUAAUCUCGUUGUUACUCUGAUAAAAAAGACUAACGAGUUCAGUCCCCUCCUCGAAGCGAUCAAAUCAACGGUUGGUGGUUUGGAGUCACUGAUCCCACGGAUAGAAGAUCUAAACGAGAAACUGAAAAUCUCAAACAAGGAGAUAGACAUGUUAAAGAAGACCUUGUCCGAAGGCGUAAAGCUGGUUGGCAAAUGCUCCAACAAGCCCAAGUGGUACGAGAAGGCUAAAUAUACAGACAAACUCACAGCUUUGGACGAGGCUCUCAAACGGGAGUUAAAUAUGCUAAAAGCGCACGCAGCGAGGGAUGCGAAAGAGAACUUGCUUUUGGCGAGGAAAAACCAAGGCCAACUUGUUGAACUAGCGAGGGAUUGGAGCAAGUGGUUGGGAAUGGCGAGGAAACACGGCGAUCAACUUGGAGAAUCGGUGAAGGACGGGAGGGAGACGUUCGGUGCAGUUGAGGAAAUAAAGAAGCUGAUCGUUAAAUUACUAGAGUUUUGGGUAUCAUGCCUGAUCAUAAUUAUUGUUGUCUGGGUAAUUCUGCUCAUAUUUCGUCAUCUUGGAAAGAGUAUGCGGAUUGCAACAGCAGUACCGGACUGGAAAAUAUUGUCCCGCUCAAGCUGUAAAGGCUGCAAAUCGGUUGUGUGGUGGGCGAGGGUCGGUGUAUUUUUCGUCGGGUCAUUUGGUAACCUAUUUGGAUAUGUUAGCGUUGUGUUAGGCAUCUUCUUCUCGAUUGCGGCUGAUAUCACUUUAGAAAUUCGUGCUCAGCAUCAACAAGGUUUCUCCGGCUCACGGGUCCGCAGAUUGCUUUCCUCCAUUGGCUCCAGUGCUUUCGUUCUUUUUGUGUUAAUAUUUGGGUUUUUUUGGGUUUAAGAGAAAGGAAGCCCAAAAGCGUUAAAGCAGGUUGCAUUUGCCCCAAGCUCACCUUGAAGCCUGAUGCAGAUUAAAAGCCUUCUCAGCUAAGACUAUAACUGAAGUGACAAGUGUUGGAGACCAACCUACUAUCAGCCAAAAAACACUACUUUUCAGUGGCAUUAUGAGUAAAAAACUAUCUUUUGUUUAGUGUAAAAACUCUGCUACCUUCACUAGUGUUGUAGUAUCGAUUCUCUCGUGUAAAACCUAUUUACCAUCCAUCCCUUUUAGCAUACAAUCCCUAUAAACUCAAAGAGAAGUGGCUAUAAGAGGUUCAACCUUGCCAGACAAGGUAAAAUCUUGCCCGAAUCUCUUCGUUUGUCCUUUAAAUUAGUAGAUCUGUCAUCUAAAUGUACUUUUCAGCAUGUAUUCAAGUUAUUUCUAGUUAUUCCCUACCUUAGAAUUUCAUGUGCA